AUGGCCUGGGAAUUUCUCGCCCCGAUCCUUACACCAACUGCGCUUCGCUCAGUCCAAGCGGACGCUCGACCACUGCUCACUCUACUCCUCGCCAUCAUCGGUCUAUCCACCUUCGUCGGUGUCUGCUUCUACAUCAGCUUCGUCACAGGAAAAGCGUAUCCCAAGAAGAAGGUGGAAAAGAAGGGCGGGUUUUUGGGCUUCGGCAAGAAAUGA